AUGACUUCUCAAAGAUCAAAUGUCUUGCUAUCGCUGGACACUGAAGCAGUCGGCUUGCUCAAACAGGGAGUCAAUUUCAAGAAAAACCCAAAGGAUGGCAAAUGUUACAUCAUAUACAAGAGCAACAAUGGCCUUAUAGCAUGCAAGAACCAAUGCAAACACCAAGGAGGGUUAUUCAUCAAAGACAUAGAGGACCUGGACGGCAGGACUGUUAAAUGCACUAAACACAACUGGAAGUUAAAUGUGUCAACAAUGAAAUAUGUGAACCCACCAGACAGCUUUCUGCAGGACGAGUUAGAAGUAGAGAUCUUGGAUGAUGGGGGGCUUCAGUUAGUCGAGUUGAGCCCCAUGGACCCCUGGCUCGCUGACCCUCGAGAGCCUCUGGAGCUCCAGGAAGGAGAAGUGAAAGUGACGUACUUCACCCACGCCUGCAUGGAGCUGCAGCUCGGACAGAGGCGGUUCAUGUUCGACCCUUGGUUGAAGGGUCCUGCUUUUGCCAGAGGCUGGUGGCUCCUCCAUGAGCCUCCAGCAGAUUCACUGGACAGACUGUGUGCAGCGGAUCUCAUCUACAUCAGCCACAUGCACUCUGACCACCUCAGUUACCCCACACUGAAAGUCUUGUCAGAGAGGAGGCCAGAUGUCCCCAUUUAUGUUGGUGACACAGUGAGACCUGUCUUUUGGUAUUUGGAGCAAAGCCGAGUCAAGCUGACCAACAUCAACAUUGUUCCUUUUGGUGUCUGGCAAGAUAUUGACGAACACCUGAGAUUCAUGAUCCUGAUGGAUGGUGUACAUCCUGAAAUGGACACCUGCAUCAUUGUUGAAUAUAAAGGUCACAUGAUCCUGAACACUGUGGACUGCACCAGACCAAACGGGGGCAAGCUGCCUCUGAAUGUGGACUUAAUGUUGAGUGACUUUGCUGGGGGUGCAUCUGGAUUCCCCAUGACCUUUUAUGGAGGGAAAUACAGUGAUUCCUGGAAGGCAGAGUUUGUCAAGAAUGAAAGGAAGAAGCUGCUGAAUUACAAAGCUCAGCUGGUGAAGUCCCUGAAGCCGAGGAUCUACUGCCCAUUCGCUGGCUAUUUUGUGGAGGCUCAUCCAUCAGACAGAUACAUUAAGGAUACAAAUACUAAAAACAGUGCAGAGGACCUCAAUGCGCUCAUCAAUAAGCAUGCACCAGACAUCAAGACAUGGACGCCAAAGCCAGGCGCUGUGCUGGACCUCGGCCUCGCUCUGAGAGACCCCACUACAAGUGAAGCCAUCACCAAUCCCCCAGCCAGUGCAAAAAUCUACAAGGACAGCUGGGAUUUCGACUUGUAUGUGGAUGAACUGAACAGCGCCAUCACCUCUGAGAUAUUUAAACAUCGAAGCUGGAUCCAGUUUUAUUACACCUGGGCAGGCUUUCAAAACUACAACCUUGUUGUGCGGGUGAUUGAGACAGAUGACGACUUUGAACCCCUUACUGAUCGGUACGACUACUUGGUGGACUUUAUGGAUCUGUCAUUCCCCAGCAAGAGGCCUGACAGAGAGCACUGCUACGUAGAGAUUAAAAACAGGAUUGGGGUGAUGAGAUACGUGGUGCUGCACGGCCUUCUCUGGGAUGACCUGUACAUCGGCUUCCAGAACCGUAUAAGCCGAGACCCGGAUAUCUACCACCACAAGUUCUGGAACCACUUCCAGAUAGAGCUACCAGUUCGCAGGCCAGACUGGGACCAGUUCCUGCAGCAGGAGACUUCCAGCCAGGAGCCUGACACACCACAGGAGCAAAACAAAUGGAGCUACUGUGAAGUGUUAUGAAUAUCAAGUUGGUAUCAGUGUUUCCAAAAUAACAUAACGAUUGUGUGGUAAUGCAGUUUAAAGUGAGCCUAGGUAACUCCUGAAAAAAAAAAUCUUUCUCUCUAAUUCAGUAACACUGUAUUUUGCUGCUACAGUCUUUAUGUGGUCUGGUAGGACCAGUAGCUUAAAGUGUCUUAUGUUAGAAAACUUUAGUGUGAUAUUGCUGUGUAACUGACAUCGCUGAGUCAGUCACACUGCUCUGUAAGCUUGUAAGCAAGAUGAGUCAUUAACACAUUUUACAGAAAGAGAAAGGAUGGAUGCUGAUAUAGAAAUACCAUACUUGGAAGUAUUCAGGACAUGUGGUUAAUUAGCUAAAACUUAAAAGAACCCUGGUAUGGUAGUGACAGCAUAACACAUAACACACAACCCGCACAUCAGGUGUCCUUCUGGUUGCAGUAUAUAAAGUAUAAUUUUCAAACUUUGAUGAUUCAUUAAUUAUUGUCAGGAUUUUUAUCUUUUAUUAGUCAAGUGAAAUUAGUCAGUUUCACAUAUCUCAACGGGCUUUAGAGGCCAAAAUAUGAAGAUUCAAUAAGAAAACAACUUUCAGAAUGAGGGAAUUCAUCAGUGUCAAUGCUCUAUUUGGCUGGGAAAGUUAUUUAAUCUGCAUUAUGUUAUAUUUAUAACCAGGGUCUGUUGGAUUAGGUAUUACAUCUGAUCAUUUUACUGGUAUGGGUGACACCACUGAAUGUGGAGACUGAGCAUAAAAUGCUUCUCUACUACAGUGCUUUAUUUUGUUGGGAGUCCUGGUGCAAGGGCCUUUUAAUGAAGUGAAGGAGGUUAAUUGAGUGCUGCUGAAAUACGGAAAUGUAUUUUCUGCUGUAAUUUAUCAUUAAUAAUAAAUGGAUGCACUGUCAAAUAAAAACAA